UCUCUUUGUCUUUGCACUCAAAUGACGGCCAAAUCUUCCCGGAAACACACAGUACCACUGAAAACUAAGCUAAAGAAAGACCCCGGGAUUCCUAGACUACCCAAUCUCAAAGUUCGAAAUGCAGAAAAACAAAAGGCUCGAGCACCUCCUCCAACCCGUGUAGAUAUAGACUCGGUGAUGGCAUCUGAGCCAACUCUGGAAACCUUGGCCAACCUACCUGAAGAAGAGCCACAAGAAAAGACCAAGGAACAACUCCGAAAACAUUAUUUUAGAGCUCUGCACAAAGUCAUCGACCAAAGUGAUAUCGUGAUCCUCGUGCUAGAUGCUCGCGAUCCGGAAGGGUGUCGCAGCAGAAUAGUCGAGGAAGAAGUUCGUCGACGCGAGGCAGAAGGAAAGAAACUCGUAUUUGUGUUAAACAAAGUCGACCUGAUUUCGUCUACUAACGCGCAACAAUGGCUCAAAUAUCUCCGCCAUUCAACACCGACACUACCUUUCAGAGCUCCAUCCUCAGCGCAACAUCAGCGCACCAAUAUUUCCUCGUCAACCGCUCCCGCUCUGAUCAAAUUGCUCAAAGCAUAUAAACCUUCAGCGGGCAGCAUAACGGUAGGAGUUGUGGGCUACCCAAAUGUCGGUAAAAGUAGUCUCAUUAACUGCUUAAAGCGGAGCAAGGUUUGUGGUGUCGCAGCUCAACCUGGACAUACCAAAGACUUGCAAUCUGUUCAAUUAGAACGGGGUAUGCGUAUAAUAGAUUCUCCUGGCGUCGUAUUCGACGACGAGGAGCAGAAAGCUGGGAAUAUUUUGCUCCGAAACGUGGUCAAAGUAGAGGACAUCGAGGACCCCAUCGCUGUUGAUGCAGUGGAAGAGAUUGUUCAACGGACGCCGGCCGAAACGCUAGAGAAGCUCUACAAUCUGCCGCAUUUUACAUCAACCAUCGAGUUUCUGACCAUGACUGCUCUCAGCAGUGGAAGACUGCUCAAAGGCGGCACUGCAGACAUCAACGCUACAGCCAGACAAAUCAUCAACGACUGGAAUCACCAAAAAAUACCUUACUUCUCUGAACCUCCCGUUCUCCACCCAUCUUCAAUCCCGUCAACUAUUGGCUCCGGUGCGGCAACAAUAAUUGCACCUGGCGCAGAACAAGUCGGCCAGGCGAAAAUUUUGACUGAAUUUUCGGCGCCUUUUUCACUCCCUGGUCUAUUUGAGCACGCAGAUGCUGGUGCCUUUGGAGGCGAUGUAGACAUGACGGACAACAACAACGAUAAUGUCGAAAUGGACGAGGACGAAGACAACGAUGUAUUCGUUGAUGCGAUGGACGAAGACGAAUUUGCCGCUCAAGCUUUUGCACAGAGCGUCAUGGCAAGAAAGAGGCCAAGAUCACCGUCGCCUAUGCGUGCGGUCCACGAAGUUGAGGUUUGCCUUGCAUGCCCUAACGCGCUGGUCUUGUCUAAAAGAUGUUGGCGACAGAUGCAAGCCCCACCUUCCCCGCCACGCGCCAACAGAAAGCGCAAGACUCCUCCACCGAAUGAAGGCGAACUCCCUCAUAUAGUCCAUCCGAUUCAACCCACACUUCCUCCUGGCUAUCAAUAUAACGCAGAUUUCACUCCCAUUGAGCCAGACCCUCCACCAGCCCCAGCAGGUCGUGUGUUGAGUACAUCCAAGAGGGCAGAACAGAAUCGCAAGGCCCAGCGUGCAUUUAGGGAAAGACGGGAUCAACAUGUCAAGCAACUCGAAUCACGUUCGGCAUUGCUCGAUGCUGCCUUGGCGUCAGCGGAUGAGGCAAAUCGACGGUGGGAGGAGUGUCGAGUACUUGUUGAUCAAUUGCGAGUGGAGAACGCAGCGUUGAGAGCAGCUUUGACCCAACAAGCUCAGUUGAUACCUGGGGUGGAGAAGAAGCCAGAGUCUGAGAAAGAGUAG